CGCCAUUACGGCCCACGUCUUCCUUCUUUCCACUCUUCUCCUCAGUCCUUUAAGCUCCGGCGCCGCAGCCUUCCUAUGCCGGUUGGUUUUUUCCGUAACGAAACUCAAGCUCUGCCUCCCAUUUUGUUCUUUUCGCCGGGAACUUCAUGGCGGGAGAAAACGGGAGCUGCACAGUACUUCUCCAGCUGUCCGAAAAUGAUCCCUUUUUCGACAAAAAGAAGCAAAUUUUGCAGGCAAGGGGAUUUGGCAUUAGAGAACAGCUAAACCUUCAGUAUUCUUCUUCUUGUCCCGACUCAGUUGCUGCUAAUUUGGAGAAGCUGCUCCAAGUAGCAAGAAUCAUACACUUAGACGAGGUUGAGCUUUACUUCAAUGACUUCGAUGGAAGUAGACCAGUGGAAUUCUGCAGUACCAGGAACGAAGUGGAGGCUCUCAAUUCAAUCCUUUCCCUAAUUAACCAUACAUCCUUAAAAGAUCAGGCCCUUAGAGAUGCAAUCAAGGACGGGAUAACACGGCAGUGCGGUGAGAAGAGCUUAGUUGAGUCCAGAGUCGGUAGAAAUUAUGAGGGUCUUACUAAAGAAUACCAGUUGGUUGAAUGGGGUGUUAGCAAUGGUGUCAAGACAAGCUUGGAGAUAGCAUUGAUUGAAGGAGCUGGGAGAGGAGCCAUAGCGAAAAAGGAUCUUGGAAUUGGAGACAUUGCGUUGGAGAUUCCUGUCUCUCUCAUUAUAUCUGAGGAACUUGUUCGCCAAUCUGACAUGUUUAAAAUACUCGAGAGCAUUGAGGGGAUUUCUGUCGAGACUAUGAUGUUGCUGUGGAGCAUGAAAGAAAGGCAUGACUGCAACUCAAAAUUCAGGGUUUACUUGGAUACAUUGCCAAAAGAGUUCAACACAGGACUGAGCUUUGGAGUCGAUGCAAUGAUGGCUUUGGAUGACACCACUUUGUUUGAAGAGAUAAUGCAAGCGAAAGAGCACUUGCGUGUUCAAUACGAGGAGCUGGUCCCUGCUCUAUGCAACAACAAUCCUGACACAUUUCCCUCCGAGCAUUAUACGUGGGAGAAUUUCUUAUGGGCUUGCGAAUUGUGGUACUCCAACAGUAUGAAGAUCAUGUUUGCUGAUGGCAAGUUGAGGACUUGCUUGAUACCGAUUGCCGGCUUUCUCAAUCACUCACUGUAUCCACACAUUACUCACUAUGGUAAAGUAGAUUGUGCAACAAAUACAUUGAAGUUCCCGCUGUUGAGACCUUGUUUGGCUGGAGAGCAAUGCUGCCUCAGUUAUGGGAAUUUGUCGAGCUCGCAUUUGAUCACAUUCUAUGGCUUCUCACCACUAGGAGACAAUCCUUAUGAUGUGAUCCCAAUAGAUAUCGACGUGGGUGAGGCUGAUUGUUCCAAUGAUUCCCCAUGGACCACUCACAUGGUGCGAGGCACUUGGUUCUCAAAGAACCAUGGCAUCUUCCACUACGGCUUGCCAACUCCAUUGCUAGAUUACUUGAGAAAGGCUCGUGAUCACAUGCCUACCACCACAGCAACUACAAAGGAAGACAUGGAACUGGAAAUCGAGGUCCUUGAAGACCUGAUCUCCACCUUCAACAGCAUGAUGGAUAAUCUUGGCGACACAAACUCAGAUUACAGUGAGGAUUAUGGGAGUUGGGACGUCAAGCUGUCUGUUGAGUUCAAAGAUGGACAAAAGAGGAUCAUAUCCUCGAUUCUUUCCUCAUGUGAUGAUGGCAUCAAGUUGCUGCAAACUCAUCUGCAGAAGUGCACGAGCUAGGCUGAGUGACCUUUAGUUUGAAAGAAGAAUUUACUGAUACUCUCGAGAGUUUUGCAUGCUUUGUGAAAUCGUUUUUGAACAAAAUCAUGACAAAAUCGUGUGUUUUGGCCUUUUGGGUUGGUUAUGUCCCUUGUAUUUGGUUCAACAAUUAUGACCGAUCAAUACAGAAUGGUAUCAAAUAGAAGAGUUUUCUCUCGAUAUAGAUGUGGCCUGGUUUCUGGGUCGAUUGAGUUUGGGCAUUCUCAAUGGCAGCAGGCCUUGCGAUUUGGUCAAACCGGCCCAAUUCCUUGUACUCAAUAGCAUCUUCCAAGAGCCCGCGAAUCUCUGCUUUUCCCCGCUUUUCAAUUGCCAUCGCCACUUCUCCCCGUCCAAGACCUCCGAGAACCGUACUCAAGCUCCGCCGUGCAAUGGGAAAUCCCUCCGACUCUCCUCCCGCCGACGUUAAAGGUCCCAUCACUCACGUGAUCUUCGACAUGGAUGGCCUCUUGCUCGACACGGAGAACUUCUACACGGAAGUCCAGGAGGUCAUACUGGCGAGAUAUGGCAAAACAUUCGAUUGGAAUCUGAAGCCGAAAAUGAUGGGGAAGAAAGCAAUAGAGGCAGCUCGUGUGUUCGUGGAGGAAACUGGGAUAAGUGAUACUCUCUCGGCUGAGGACUUCAUCGUUGAAAGAGAGGCCAUGUUGAAGAGUAUGUUUCCAAAUAGUGAGCUUAUGCCAGGAGCUAGUCGUUUGAUCGAGCAUCUCCACUCGAAAGGAAUCCCAAUUUGUGUCGCAACUGGGUCUCAUACUCGUCAUUUUGAACUAAAGACAACAAAGCACAGGGAGCUUUUCUCGUUGAUGCAUCACAUUGUUCGAGGAGAUGAUCCAGAAGUUAAAGAAGGAAAGCCAUCACCAGACAUUUUCCUCGCUGCAUCAAGGAGAUUCGAGGGUGGAACUCUUGACCCCAAAAAUAUUCUUGUUUUUGAAGAUGCUCCUUCAGGUGUUCUUGCUGCUAAGAAUGCUGGAAUGUAUGCAGUAAUGGUUCCUGAUCCAAGGCUCGAUGUCUCUUAUCAUGCUGAUGCAGAUCAAGUCAUUAGCUCGUUGUUGGAUUUCAAUCCACAGCCUUGGGGCCUGCCUGCUUUUGAAGACGGGGAGAGCUAAAUGUGGAGAUCCUAUUAGUACAUCUUUGCAUGUGACAACGAACCCGUUUUCUGGAUUACAAUUGGUUAUUCCACUUGAACGUGACAUCCUGAUUGAUUUUGUGAACUGGCAGUCUGAAUUAUCUUCCUUUAUAUUGGAUUUGUGGCAAGCAUUGGGGGGUCUAUUCAUACAUGGCGUUGUAAUUUAUUUGAGCAUUAGCUGACAGUAAAUGAAGCUUGAGAGACAUGAUAUCUGAUUGCUAGUUGAAUCAACCUUGUGCAUUUCAUUCUUCUUUUCAUCUUACUGAAAGAAACACAUGGAUUGACUUCAUGCCAACAUCUAUUGUAAAUUAUCUACCCACCUCUCUGUUCACUGCAAGCUUUUGGCAAGUCUGAUUUUAUCCAUUGGCUCCUCCAUCUACAGGUUUCCCAAAAUCUAUUGUUUGUGUACUAGUUGCUUUCCAAACUAAGCAGACCUAACAUCUUACCCUUUUUUAGUAUUUUUAUCUACUAAGCUAUAGCUAUUCUAUGACUAUUUCAGAUAAACCACCACCUAAGCCAGUAGAAAAAUGCCCAUUUCUCCUGCAACAUUCUCUCAUGUAGCUCUUGCAGCAGCUGUCAAUCUCCCUCUGCUCUGAGCUCCAGCAAUGAUGGGUGUUUGAAAUUGCAUCAUGGCAAGAACUGAGUUGUCUGCAAUGGAUGCUCUCAGAAGGGUUUCUGUUGCUGUUACAGCAACCCAUGGAAGGUUUGACUUCUGUGCUGUAACAAUUGGAUGCUGCAGUGCUCUUUUUCUGUAAUGGAACAUCGUUCCUAUUAAUGUCAACAUGAUCACAAUGGAUGAAGUGGCAAUCCCCAUGGAUGGCUGUGGCUUCACCCUUUUCCAGAUCACCAGCUGACUCAUUGAGAUCACUGCCACCACGAGUAACCGUCUGGCAAUGUGCAGUAUGGCAGUGUGUUGGCUCAAGCAGGGCGUCCUUUCUCCGACAGCUUCCAUGUACUUCUACUGAAAUUUCACUCUCAUGAUGCCCCGUGCAAGUACUUAAGCUUGGCUCGUGAGUACUUGAAGACCCAUGGUGGUGCAUAGAACCUUUAGUUGCAUCAUUCCCUCCACAACCAUCCGAUUUAGCACACUUAGAGUCUUCACUAGAUUGUGCUGUAUGAAGGCUAGGCUGGCUCUUUGAUGUACAGCAUUGAGUCUUCUGAGAGUGGCAUGCCUUUUCAGACUCAUGAUGCCCUGUGCCAGUGCACGGGGUUGGCUUUUGUGCUGAACACCCAUGAUUGUGGUGACUGUUCGUCUGCACUUCAUGACAGUGCUCCAAAUCUUCUGUUGCAUUCUUACCUCCACAGCUUGUUGAUUUCAUGCACUUAGCAUCUUCACAAGAUUGUGUUGUAUGAAGGUUAGGCUGGCUCUUUGAUGUACAGCAUUGAGUCUUCUGAGAGUGGCAUGCCUUUUCAGACUCAUAAUGCCCUGUGCCAGUGCACGGGGUUGGCUCAUGUGCUCCUGAACACCCAUGAUUGUGAUGACUGUUUGUCUGCACUUCAUGACAGUGCUCCAAAUCUUCAGUUGCAUUCUUACCACCACAGGUUGUUGAUUUCAUGCACUUAGCAUCUUCGCAAGAUUUUGCUGUAUGAAGGUUAGCCUGGCUCUUUGGUCCACAACAUUUAGUCUUUUCAGAGUGGCAUGCCUUUUCAGUAUUGCGAUUCGAGCAGCAUUUCUUUUCCUUAUGAUUGUCUUUGUGGCUGUGUGUUGCAGCAUGGUUGUGGCUGUGACUUGCAGUAUGUUUAUGGCUCUCCCUUAGGAGCAACAUACUGUUGAGGAUAACAAUGACACAAGUGCCAACAUCAGCGAGAACAGCAGCCCAGAUCAGUGGGUGACCGGCAAACGCCAAAGCGAGGAUGGAACCCUUUGUGAAGAUUGAAAAGACAACAUUCUCAACCACCUUCCUAUGAGCUUUCCUGGCCAGCUUGAUGGCUUUUGGAACUUUCCUGAUGUCGUUCGACAUGAGAAUCACGUGUCCAGUUUCCGUAGCAAGUGCAGAACCUGAAAUCCCCAUCGAAAUACCGAUAUCAGCAGUGGCUAAGGCAGGGGCAUCAUUCACACCAUCUCCCACCAUUGCUGUGGGCCCUCGCUUGCUCUUGAAGUCUCCAAUUAUCCUUGCCUUGUCUUCAGGUAAAAGCUCUGCAUGGACUUCAUCAAGAGCAUUCUCUAGCUGUUGCUGAGCGUGCAUGGCUGCUCCUUGACUAUCUCCUGUAAGCAUAGCAGUCCUUAUCCCCAUUGACUUGAGCUCGUUCACAGCUUCUUUCACCCCGGUCCUACAGCUGUCAGAGAGAUUGAACGUGCCAAUGAGGGUUCCUUCACAGUAGACAUAUCCGAUUGUCAUUCCUCCCUUCGUACCAUCGUCAACUGCUGGAACUGCAGCAUCAUAGAGCAAAAGAAUCGUUAAGGGUGUGAAGAAACAUGAUUGAAGAUGUUUAAUCGUCUACAGAACAAGGGUAAAUGUUUGGUUUGUUUACCAGUUGUUGAACCAGCUCUGGCAGCAAUCUUCUUAUUUCCUACAUAGAUUUCUCUACCAUCAAUUUUUCCGUGAAUGCCUUCACCGGGAAUGUUCUCAUAUUCCUCCACAUUUUCAGGCCUGGGCUCUACCGAAAUCGACCUGCCAUAUUCAACCAGUGCAGCUGCCAUUGGAUGACCGGACUUGCUCUCGAUGCUCGACACCCUGGGAAAUUAAACAUUGUUUCUUCAUUGAGAGUAAACCAACUUCUCCAUGCUGAAAUCACCACUCAAAGACCUGAAAUCUGAAACAACAAAGUCCCCCCUCGUGAUGGUACCUGUCUUGUCGAAUGCAAGAACCUUAAUCUUCGCGAGGGUUUCGAGGUAAUCGCCGCCUUUGAUGAGGAGACCAGCAGUUGCAGCCUUUGUGAGUGCACAGAAUGUUGCGACUGGUGUGGAGAGGAGCAGAGAACAUGGACAUGCGCUCACUAGCACUACAAGUGCUAAAUGAAACCAGUAGUCCUUGUUGUGAACCCUCAAAGCCAGAGGAAUUACAGCGACACUUGCUGAUAUCAGUAUGAUUGCUGGAGUAUAGUACUGAGCACAUUGGUCAAUGAACCUCUGCGUCUUGGACUUGCUGUUCUGAGCUUCUUCAACGAGCUUAGCCAUCUUGGCCACCACACAGUCUUCAGCCAGGGCUGUCGUUUUCACACUGAUGUAGCCACUGAGGUUAAUGGUCCCAGCCCAGACGGUCGAAUCCUUCUGCUUAGGAACCGGAAACGACUCUCCAGUCAGCGACUUCUCGUCGACCUCACACUGCCCAUCCACCACCAUUCCGUCGAUGGGGAUUGCCUGGCCAGCCUUGACAGCCACGACCGUGUUCACUUUCACCUCAUCGACAUCAACUUCCUCCCCUGUCUCGGCUAUCGUGGCCUUCUGAGGUGCAAUGCUCAUCAAGGAAGUCAUCACUGCUUUGGCUUUAUGGCUUGCUCUAGACUCGAGCCAGUCGGCAAUGGUGAAAAGGAAAACAACGGUGGCUGCUUCCGUGUAGUCUUGCAGGGCCAUCGUUGAUAUCACUGCACAUAUACGUUAAUUCGGUUAUUACAUGUGAGACAAAUUGAACAAAAAAUACGCAGGCCUACCAUUUCAAAUACGCAUCUUGGAAAAAUACUGGUAAAAGGGUACUGUAGUGAAAGUUGGGCCUAUUUUUUGAACGUGAAGUCGUGAACUCAUGUACUUGCCCUUUACUUUUAUCAAGUUGGAAUCUUUCGAUGAAGCAGGUUAUUAUCUCGACUUCUCAUCGACGCUAGGAUAUUCGAACUCGAUGAUGAUUGUUAGAUCGCGGAUUGUGCUAAUCAUCUAAGGUAUGACAUCCUAAUUCGUUAAUGAUUGCUAGAUGGCGAAGCGUGCAAUCCAAUGAUGGUGACUGAAGAUAAGGGUGGCUGACGAUAGGACAUCCUGGUUCUAAUGGUCAGAGACAGCACACAAAGCAAAGUGGUAGAAGUAAGCAAGCGCCCAACAUGCUUGGAAGGCGGCCUGAAUUAUUAGAUAAGACCAAGGGAGACAGCUAGUAUUCUGUCGACUUCUGAUUGGCCCAUGUUCGUGUACCAGCCCCCAGAUCUUUGAUACAGGUUUGAUUUGGUCAACAUACGACCACGGGCAAGUGGAGAGGACCAAUGAGAAAGUUUGUCUUAGUAAAACCAGAUUAGUUUAUGAAGAUUCCGAUAUUUCAUCUGUUUUUUUGUCUCUGAUUUUUUUUUUUGCAGAUUCUGUUUACCCAUCUUGAAGUUCACACAUAAUUAAUUAGCAGAUGCACUUACCGGCGAUGAGGACAAGAACGUUGACGUCGUGCCUCAAGUUCUUGAUCGAGGCGAUGACUUUGAGCAAGAUGGGCCGGAUCCCAACGGCGACGGCAGCGACGGCGACCCACUUCAUCGGCGGGAACACAAACUUUAGCAGCGAGAUCAACAGCAAGACCCCGCUCCCCAUCGCGUACGGACUCGGCCAUUUCUUCCUGUAACUCCCGCCGCCGGCGGCACCGUCCAAUCUCACGUUCGCUUCCAAUCUGGCCGAGUUCAACGCCUUAACUGCACCACCAUCAUAACAUACAUGACCCAAAUCAGAAAUUCAAGCCAAAAACUCACUCGCCAAAGUAUAGAAGCCUUUUUUUUACCAAUCUGGAGCUGGGAAACGAGCAGGCUGUCAUGGACAACGAUGACGGUCCUGGUGGGGACAACGACGGAGACAUCCUUGAUUCCUUCGAGGGAUUUGAGGAUGUUCUCGAUCAGUGGAACCUCCGACGAGCAGCACAGCCCCAGCACGUCGAAGUAGCUCUUCUGCAUCUUCUGAUCGCCGCCCGCCAUGGACAAUAUGAGGCUACUGUAAAAACAAUUACCCUUCCCCUGUUUCAAAAGAAAGAGAAAAAAAAAGGCAGAGGAAGAAAGGGGAACCGGCCCGAAGUAAUAUGACUAAUGGGUAGUCUUUCGCUUAAAAAGGCAGAAAUGGGGAAAGGGGAAACAGGGACGUGGUUCACGUUUCGUGGAGAAGAAAGAAACGCCCUUUGAGAAGAGGAAGGAUGGAGAAGUAAGAGAGGACAGGACAGUGCGACUGAUGUAGCUUUUGAAGAAGACAGACAGAGAGAGAGAGA